AUGGAUAGUAGUAGACAAGAGAUAAAAAUAAAAAAUGAAGUGAAAAAUAAAAAAAAAUUAACUAAUACUUGUGUGUGUUCUUUUGAAAAAAAUAAUGAAAAUGCAAAUAUAAAAUUAUUAGGAAAUUUCCACAAAAUAACUUCUAGUAAUGAUAAUAAAAAAGAGGAAAAGACAAUAGAAAGAAUAAAAGAAAAAAUAAUAAGGAAAUGUAAAAUAGAUGAUAUUAAUAAUAUAAAAAAUAGUAGUAGUAGUGAAAAUAACAUAGAAGAGAAUAAUAUAUUAAAAUAUUUGAAUAAAAAUUGUUCAAAACAAAAAUCUAACGAAAUAAAUAAAGAAAAGAAAUGCUCCAAAUUGAUGAACCAAUAUAUAACUCCAGUUGUCAGUAUGCCAUCUAAUGAGAAGAUUAAUUAUUACAUACAUAAGGAGAAUAACAAAAAGAUGAAUAAAUUAAAUGAUAUAGAAAAUAUAAGUUCUUCGUCAUACAAAAAAUAUUCCAAUGAACAAAUUAAUGAAAACAAAAAAGAAGAUAGUGAAAAAUCUACCAUUCGUUGUAAUGAAACUGAUAGAUUAAAUGGAAAAAAUAUUAAAGAUUGUAAUAAAUUAUGUAAAGAAGUAAAUGAUAAUAAUCAUUCUGUGAUUGAUAUAAAUCCAUGUAAUUAUGAUAUAAAAAAAAAAAAAAAUGAAGAAAAUAAUAAUAUGGAUGAUAAUUCAUAUGUUCAUAUUAAAGAAAUGGGGAAUGUAAAAAGUAAUUAUUCUUUUCAGAAAAUUAUAGAAUAUAAUGACGAACAAUUAAAAAAGAUAUUUUUUAAAAACAAAGAAGAUGACACAAAUUCAAAAGGUCAGCAUAAUUCUGCUAAGUAUUGUGAUAAAUAUUUGGAGACAUUUUAUAAUAUGGAAAAUGAGGAUUUAUAUAAUAAUAGUAAAAGUAAUAAUCUAAUAAAUAAUAAUAUUAAUAUAGAUAUUAAUAUUGAUAUGAAUUCAAGUAAUAUUAAUAAUUGUAAUUCUUAUAAAAGAAAUAGUAUAAACAUAAAUCAAGUUGAUGAUUCCAUUCCUCCAAGUGAACAUAAUACAUUAAGUUAUGAUGAAGAAAGAAAAAAUAAUGAUUUUAAUGAGGAUGAUUCAGAAAAUAAUAAUAUUUUAAAAAAGAAAUCCUUUGAUGAAAAGGAGUGGGUUCAAAUUAAUGAAUCUCCUAAUUUUUGGGAUUCAUUAAAAAAUAAUUUAAGAAAUGUGUUUUUAAUGAAAACGGAAGAUGAUAACUAUAUAAAGAAGGAAGACAAAGUGAAGAAGGUGAAUGAUGAUGCGAAUAAGAAAGAUAAAGACAGUGAAAAUGUAUUAUCUGGAAUAGAAAAGGAUAAUAAAAUGAUAUGUGAAACUAAAAUAAUUGAUAAUAAUAAAAUAAAAAAAAAAAAUGUUGAUAAUAAUAAUAAUAAUAAUAUUAAAAAUAUUAUUGAUAAUAAUAAUAAUAAUUGUGUUGAUGUUAGUAGGCCAUCACGAGAUAAUGGAUCGUUUCCUUUUCCCGCAGAUAUUUAUGUAAGAUGCCUAAAUUUUCUCAAGUUGGAAAAUAUAUUAAAAUGCGAACUACUAAAUAAGAUGAGUUGUCAUGUUAUAAAUAAUAGUAUGGGUGUAUUUACAUAUAUAAGAAAAUUAAAUUUAGAUGAGAAAUGGUCUAUCCUUCCAAUAUAUAAAAGACAAUUUUAUUUACAUCAGAUGAGAAAUAUAAGACAUUUAAAUACAUCUGAAAAGAUAUAUGUUGAGAAUGGUAUGUAUAUUCAUGAAGUUGCAGCAAUUAUAUAUCAAAAUUUGUCAAGUUUAAAAACGAUUGAAUUAUUAUCACCUGAAUAUUUUAUGAAUGAUAAUACACCUCGGCAUGAGCCUUUUUCUUUAUAUCCAUCAGUAUUUGAAAGAUUAGAAAAAUUAACAAUAAUAGGAUGUCAAACUUUGGAAUGGUUACACAUAUUUAGAAAUUGUUCAUUUCCUUUAUUAAAAAAGUUUGAAGUAUGUUAUUAUCCUUUACAUCAUGAUCAUUGGUAUUGGAAUUUUGUUUUUGAUUUCACCCAAUUAGGAUUACAAGGGUUAUACAAAAUAUUAUAUACAAUGGAAAAUUUACAAAAAUUAAUAAUUGGCUUUGAUGUAUGGUUUGACAAUUUGGAAGGGCAAAUAUAUAAUCCUUUAGAAAGUCAUAGAAAUGAAUUACAAGAAUAUCGUAUAAUAAAUAAUAAUAGAAAUGAGAGAUAUAAUAAUAUUUCUUCUUUAUCAAUUCCUCCAGCUAAUGGAUAUCCUACUAGAACGUUUAAAAGUUAUCGUGGGAAAUUAUGUGAAGAAGAUUUUAGUGAUAUAUUUACCAUAGCUUAUUAUAUGUCAGGGAAAUGUGGGAAAUUAACUCGUAUAAUGAUAAAAUAUAGGGAUUCAAAUGAAUAUUAUGAAGAUGAAAUUGGAAAGGAUGAGGUAGUGAAUGAGUUAAUAUCAGAAGCAUCUAAUACAGCAUCUACAUAUUACAAUUAUGUUUUAAAUUGGUUUAGAUCACCAGAUGAAAUUGUUCCACGCGCUUCCUAA